AUGCAGAUCUUCGUCAAAACCCUCACGGGUAAGACUAUCACCCUCGAGGUGGAGUCUAGCGACACCAUCGACAAUGUCAAGUCCAAGAUCCAGGACAAGGAGGGUAUCCCCCCCGACCAACAGCGAUUGAUCUUCGCCGGCAAGCAACUCGAGGACGGCCGUACCCUCUCCGACUACAACAUCCAGAAGGAGAGCACACUUCACCUCGUCCUCCGCCUUCGUGGUGGUGCCAAGAAGAGGAAGAAGAAGGUUUACACCACUCCCAAGAAGAUCAAGCACAAGCGCAAGAAGACCAAGUUAGCUGUGCUCAAGUACUACAAGGUUGACGGUGACGGAAAGAUUGAGCGUCUUCGCCGCGAGUGCCCCGCUGACACCUGCGGUGCUGGUGUCUUCAUGGCCGCUAUGCAAGACCGACAAUACUGUGGCCGAUGCCACCUCACCUACGUCUUCGACAAGCAGUAA